GAAGAUGGCUGCGUUUCGCUGUCGGCGAGACCCGUGCGGCUUUAUUUGUCUUAUUUUAACUUAUUUCAGCGUCUUUUACGCGGACUAUGUUGUAAUUCAGUAUGUCUUGAUUCCCGCGUAUUCUGGAAGUGUAUGGUGCACUCUCCAUGGAUCUGUGUUUAAUAUUAUUCUAUUACUGCUACUUGCGUGCCAUUCGAAGGCAGUGUUCUCAGACCCUGGUAUGGUUCCUCUACCUGAAACAGCCAUUGAUUUCUCUGACCUGAGAUCACAGUCCAACCGUCUAAAUGACAGAGGCUGUGAGGGCUGGACGGUGUGCAGUCGCUGUGAGACGUAUCGUCCUCCUCGAGCUCAUCAUUGUAGAGUGUGUCAGCGCUGCAUCAGGAGAAUGGACCAUCACUGCCCAUGGAUUAAUAACUGUGUUGGAGAGCUUAAUCAGAAAUACUUCAUUCAGUUUCUCUUCUACACGGGCAUGGCCAGCUUGUACUCCAUGGCACUGGUGGUUUCGGCCUGGGUAUGGAGGAUAAGGAGUGAAAGAGAAGGAGAUGAAGACAAAGAAGGAGAAGAAGCUCCCAGCAAACAUCUUAUUGUGGCACAUUAUAUUAUUUUACUGGUGGAGUCGAUACUUUUUGGAGUUUUUGUCUUGGUGAUAUUUUAUGACCAGCUGGUGUCCAUAAUAACAGAUGAGACGCCCAUUGAGCAGAUGAGGAACAGACUAAUGAAAGACAAAGCCAACAACAGCCAGCCAUCACACGUUACACACACAAGAAAGCCAAAAAUUGCACUGCUGAGAGAGGUUUUCGGACGGGGUUCUAUACUGUGCUGGUUAUUCCCGCUUCAUUCCACUCCUCCUUCUGUUGGCGGCAUCAGUUAUUCAGCACUUCCUGAUUACGAUGUGUAACACUAACUGGUUUUUCAUCAGUUCUUUUGACCGCUCAAUCAGUAUGGCAGUAUCGUGUGUGUGUGUGUGUGUGUGUGUGUGUGUGUGUGUGUUGGGAACUGUGAAUAUUACUUUACUGAGAUGCAGAUUUCAGCUCUCAUGAAUGGUGUGUGAGUGCUUUUGUAUACUUCUGCAUACUGCUUCUCCAUCACACACAGAGAUUAUUACAAGGUACUGGAUCUUUUUCUCCUUAGUCUGUUUCUUUAAAUGAUUUUAUGAUUUUUUUUUCAGGAGUCUUGUUUAAAGUUGUUAAAUCAGUAUGUUAACCAGCAACCAGUAUACAUUGUGUUACUUAACCACUGAUUUGCAUUAAGGGACAAGGUCAGCUGAGUUGACUUUAACAGGUAAAUGCAAUAGGACUCGUUGUCAUUCAUUUCGAUUUCAUGGUGUGUGUGUUUUUGAGUACAUGGACUGUACUCCAUUUUACAUGAGGACUGUAUAUAAAGAUGUAUUUUAUAACUUUAAUUUCUGACAAAAGUGUUUUCAGGGUACUGGACUAUUUUUGUUUUAUUUAUUUAUUUGUUUUGUUCGAAACGUUCAUGCUUUUGCUGUUUUGCGGACAGCUUGAGGGAUGUGUGUACAUAACAGAUGAACAUGUAUAUUGAUAAUGUUUACAUUGAUAUUUAUUUGUGAAUUUGUGUCUGUCUAAAUGCUGCUCUGACUCACGUGAAGUAAAAGACAUGUUUUUACAUAA